AUGCGCCGAGUCAAAUGCGACGAGCAGCGACCGAAAUGUAAGCGCUGUAUCUCAGCAGGCUGGGACUGUACAGGAUAUUCCGCCGAAGUUCGGCCGAAACUUGAAAGCAAUAUCCAAAUAUACAACAUUCCGUUCAAGAUUCCCGGCAGUCGGACAGAUCGCGAGCUCCUCCAUUUCUAUUGCUGUGAAGCAGCUCAGUGCCUCUCGCGUUUUUCCGACUCAACACUUUGGACCCAACUUAUUCUGCAGCGAAGUCAGCACCAGCCUGUGAUUCGAAAUUCCCUCGUCGCGCUAAGCUCGCUAUACCGCGAGUAUCUGAAAGUCGGAUCGAAUCAGCUGGGAAAUUCUCCGAAAACCAUUCAACUUAUGGCCAAAUCUCAUAAGCAACUUUCGACAUAUCUUCUCACACCGGGUGCUUCGCCCGAGGCUGCGCUUGUCUGCAGUUUGAUCUUUUACGUGUUCGAAUGUCUCGUCGGAAACACGAAACAGGCGAUAUGGCAUCUAGAUCGCGGAUUGGAGCUUCUGAAAAACUAUUGGGUAGAUGAUCCAUACUUACUUGCAAAGAUGGAUCCCAUCUAUCCUCAGCUAAAGAUCAUAUUCUGUCAUCUUGAUGUCCAUGCCAGCAUUUUCCUAUGGGAAAGACUGCCUGUCCUCAAACUUGCCUCGCAGGAUCAUAUCUCUGGCUUGUCUGAUGUGGUCCCAGAGGGAUUCUCCGGUAUCUUUGAUAUAGAGCAGGCACUUGUCAUACUGCAAAAUUGGAAGACAAACCAUCUCAUGUCGACAGUGGCUCACAAAGGAGUCAAUCUGCAAGAAUUACCAAUUGAGAUCGCCCAAGAGAGACUACAGCUCGAAAGACAACUCCAGCUAUUCGAGGUUGCAAUUGAGCGAUUCCGACUUCAAAAUAAUGGACAGACGAUGAAUAGCCAAGAUCGCGAACGGAUUAUGUUAUUGCACUGCCAAGCACUCAUUUUCCACGGCGUGUUGCUUGAGAACAUAAUUUUGACCGAGGAAGAUACAAAAACACCAAUGGAAGCCUAUUGCAAAUUUGAGUUUGCUUUGGAGCAAAUUUCGUUUCUUUUUUCCGACUUCGAAUCGUCAAAUGGCUCCAAGUCCGAGCAUCGGGCAUUCACUGUCUCAACAAAUGUAGUAGCUAUGCUUUACUUCGUUUGCUUCAAAACAACAGACAGGAACCUCUUGGAAAAGGCCCUAUUCAUGAUGAAUAGCUCUCUCUAUUCUGCUCGAGAUGGACUCUGGGAUUCACGAAAAGCAUUCUUGGUAGUUCAAUCUGUUCUUUCUGAAAAGAACUCUCUCCAUAGCGAGGAGGAGGCGGACAUGCGAUUAGAAGAUGUUGGCUCUGACGUUAUCGAUACCAAUUGUGGGCUAGAUGAGGUUUUCUGUGCUCUUAGCAUUGAGGAUGAAGUUGAUUGA